UGCCUGGCCGAUCGAAUCAAAUCGUAGUCCAAUUUGCUAGCUCAAAUCAAACUAAACAAACCAACAUGUUCAAGCUGUCCGCUCUCGUUGUCCUGUGCGCCCUGGUGGCCUCUUCUCUGGCUGAGCCCAAGCCAGCUGUCCUGGCUGCUGCUCCUCUGGUCGCCGCUGCUCCGGCGGGUGUGGUCACUGCCACCAGUUCGCAGUACGUGGCUCGCAACUUCAACGGCGUGGCUGCUGCUCCAGUUGUUGCCGCCGCUUAUACCGCUCCCGUUGCCGCUGCCUAUACCGCUCCAGUUGCCGCUGCUUAUACCGCUCCCGUUGCCGCUGCCUAUACCGCUCCAGUGGCCGCCGCCUACUCCGCUUACCCCUAUGCCGCCUACCCGUACGCCGCCGGCUACACCACUGUGUUGUAAGGAGGAUUUAAAAAGACACUAAACGGAUUCGAAAUGGAUAUUAAUGCAACCGAACUGGAAUAAAAUAAAUUCAAAACAAAGCUAAAAA